AUGUCCGUGCUUACUGCCCUAGGUCUCUUGCUCUCUGGUGCCUCAGUCGCUGUCGGCUCCUUCUCGAGCCCACCAGCAGAGCUCUACUCACCUCUGGUAGCUGAAAAAAUUCGGACGACCGCUCUCUCACCCCCGAAUCCUAUGCAGUAUCCUCAGUACACGGACCGUACGGUCGGGGAUUGGCUCUACUUCAGCCCUGACACUUGGACCACUGGGUUCUUCCCUGCUACUCUCUAUGCUAUAUAUGACCGUGCCCAGUCUUGUCACUGGGGAGCGGAUAAUGCUUCAGAGUGGUUGGCCUUGGGUCGUCAGUGGAGUUCAGCAGAGGUUUCUCUCGAGAAGAACAACACAUUGGAGCACGACGUCGGUUUUGUCAGUUUUCCUUUCAUGGAUGAACUGCAGGUAAAUCCAACGAACCAGACGGCCAUUACUGCCAUCAACCAGUUUGCGGCGGAUCUGGCUGCACGGUUCAGUCCGAUUGUUGGGUGUACGAGAAGCUGGGACACGCCGAAUCCUGUCGACUUCGAAGUAAUUAUCGACAACAUGAUGAACCUCGAGCUGUUCUUUGUAUCUGCGGCUCUCACAGGCAACCAGACGCUAGUGGAUAUGGCUGUUUCUCAUGCGAACAAGACAAUGCAGCACCACGUUCGUCCAGAUGGCUCUUCCUUCCACGUUGUCGAGUACAACGCUACAAGCGGCGACGUGAUCGCAAGCUUCACGGCUCAAGGAUAUUCAGACUCGAGCACUUGGAGCCGAGGCCAAGCAUGGGGAAUUUAUGGAUUCGCCAAUAGUAGGCACAAACAUCCAUCGAUCGCUCGCUCCGUGGCUAAACGUUCCGCAAUAGUGUACAUGCAUACAAAUAUUACUGACUAUCUGGAGACCUCGCGACGUAUGGCCUCCUACUUCCUCGAUCACCUACCCGACGAUGGUGUGGUGCCAUGGGACUUCAAUGCUCCGCUAACGCCGCCUAGACCUGCGGAUUCCUCAGCGGCCAUGAUUGCGGCUAACGGCCUCAUACUCCUCGCUCAACAAGAGGCUUCGCUGACGCCAUCGAACGCAACAGGAUAUCAGUAUUACAUCGAGGCUGCCAUCGACCUCUUACGGGCCAACACGGAGCUUGCCUGGCAGCCGUCGUGGCAGAGCUUGCUCGCGAACGGAACUGUGAACAAUCCUGACCACAACAACCUCACCGGUAUUGUGUAUGGUGACUAUUACUUUGUGAGGGCUGGCAACGAGCUGCUAGCUAUGAACAUUACGACGUGCCAGCCUGGGCCGCAGACGGUAAAUAAUGGUUCAAGUUCAAGUUCAAGUUCGAGUUCAACUUCAAGCUGCUUACCGCUGCGAAUACUACAUGCCAAAGUAUGGUGGCUGCUGCAUCUAGCCAUCGUUGUAGUAGUUGCAGUAACAUGA